GGAAAAUGGUGUUACUGAGAAUAAAGAUUUGACCUUGGAUCAAGCACUCAAACACAAGAACAAGAACUCCAUCAACGAUUUCGAUAAAAUUUCUUUAACUUUAAAGAACGAUAAACAUACAAAACUUGAUAGAAACUCAUCGACAGGAAUGUACGACAAUAUCAUGGUGGCAACUGGGUUCGAUAACAUGAAAGUGGGUGAGGCUCCACAUACGCUUUCAAAAUACACCCCACUUGAAGGCCCACAUGACGACAUACUUAAAUGCCCACACAACGACACACGUGAAGAACAACAUGAAAACUCAAAUGAAGACCCACAGAAAAAAGAUGAACGAAACAAUGAGUACGAGGAUGGCGAUAAUGAUGAAGAUUGUGAUAAUGAUGAAGAUGAUUACAAUCAAAGUAGUGAAGAGGAAUUGUUUGAAACAAAAAAGGAUGUUUCCUUAAGGAAGGAAGACUUGAG